UCGGUUGGAGUUUAAACUUUGUCACUGAGUGAAAGAAGCUUUGGGGAGAAGCAGAGAGAGAGAGAAGACUCAUCCCAGCCACCAGUGAUUCCCGGGGUUCGCCGGGAACCCCCAGUCCACAUCAGCAGAGGCCCUUGGAGUGGGACUUGGUUAUAGACAGAGCAGACAUGGCCUCCAGCUGCCCAAUGGGCAGCAUCGACAGCCUGGAGCUGCUGGACCUGCUCUUUGACCGGCAGGACGGGAUCCUCCGGAACGUGGAGUUUGGGGGCCACAUGGCCGGCUGGCCUGGGCCAGAGCAGAGUCAGCUGCCCGGUGCCCAGGAGAACGAGGAUUUCCUCAGCUCCAUCCUGGGCUCAGGGGACUCCGGCUCCGACUCCUCGAUCUGGUCCCCUGCAGCCAGCGACAGCGGCAUCUCCGAGGACCCGAACUCGGACCAGCUCGACAGCCCCCAGCACUACGUGCCCACAGGCAGCCCGGGGCCCGGUGAGCCAGCGUACCCCUACCAGGAGGCCUCCCAGGCCCAGCCCGCUCCCAGCCUGCCUGGGGCUGACCUGCGGGAGGCUGAAGUCUCCAUAGACCUUGACAUGUGGAAUCCUGGUUUUUUCUCGGAGAAGAGUCACGACCUGCCUGCUCCCGCUCAGAUGGCCGCUUCCUGCACCCUGACGGUGAAGGACCUGCUGCUGUCCAGCAGCUGUGAGAUGCAGCAGCAGCAGCUGAUGACCCCAGCGCUGCUGAGACAAAGUCACGGGCACUGCCAGGAGCUGGUGCUGACAGAGGAUGAGAAGAAGCUGCUGGCCAAGGAGGGGGUCACGCUGCCCACCCAGCUUCCCCUCACCAAGUACGAGGAGCGGGUGCUGAAGAAGAUCCGUAGGAAGAUCCGCAAUAAGCAGUCGGCUCAGGAAAGCCGGAAGAAGAAGAAGGAAUAUAUCGACGGGCUGGAGAGCCGGAUGUCGGCCUGCACGACGCAGAACCAGGAACUGCAAAGAAAAGUGCUGCACCUGGAGAAGCAGAACUCGUCCCUCCUGGAGCAACUGAGGAAACUCCAGACCCUCGUGGUGCAGUCGACUAACAAAGCCGCCCAGACGGGGACCUGCAUCGCGGUGCUGCUGCUCUCCUUCGCCCUGAUCGUCUUCCCCUCCAUCAGCCCCUUCACCCCCAAUCAAGCGGAGCCGGAAGGUGACUUUGGGCCGGUGAGAGUGUUCUCCAGGUCUCUCCAUAACGAUGCCUCCUCCCGCGUGGUCUAUGCCCUGAGGAAGGAUGCUGCCGAGAGCCCCCAGGAGCCGGAGAAUCCCGUGUGGACGGAGUAUGCCGGCGAGGCCCAGAGCGUCCUCCGCAAAUUCCUCAGCAGCCACGUUCUCGCCAGGCCCCAGGCAGAGGCUCCACAGGCCAACGGGACGGGGGCCCUGCCGCAGGACGGACACUCGGACUUGGAGGGGCUGAGUCACGACGGCCCCAUCGCGGCCUCGCUGGCCUGGACAGAGCCCAGCCAGCCCAGCCAGGUGCGGCUGGAGCCGGCCGAGGAGCUGUGAACGCCCCCAGCCAUGUCCCCCACGCCCGGCCAGCGACGGCAUGAGCGGGAGGGCCGGGCGCCGCUGGCCAGGACUCCAGCCGGGGCGGGGGGGGGCACUGAUGGGAGUGCUGCCCUGGGGGCCUGCCCGGGGGCAGGGGGGCAGAGCGCGUGUGGUGAACCAGUGAGAGAGAAGGGGGGUAAAAAGAGGGGGGGCAGCUGGCUCCUCGGCAGCUCCAGCAUGCGCAGGGGAGGGGAGCCUGGCCCCUGGGCAGCUGCCGUUUCACCCAGGCCAGAGCUGCAGGGGAACAAGACUCUCCAGCCCCCAUCCAGCCUUCCACCCCCGUCCCCCCCCCGGGUUGGGGCACGGUUGCUGCCUAAGCACGGGGCUCCCACCAGGUCCCCUGUGGAUUCCCUGGACUGGGAGGUUUCCCUGCAAAUUGUCUGACAUUUCCCCUUCCUUCACUGCCCCUUCCCCCCUUUUGGUGACAUCCCUCUGGGACUGGAGACGUUGAUCCCAGCGCUGCCCGUCCAGCUCCACAUUCGAGUCUCUUCUCUGUGCUCCCUCGGCUUGGGGAGGGGAAGCCGGGACCUGCACAGAGCCGCCCAGGCACAGGCUGCUCCGCGGAAAGGGACGGGGUCGGUCCCCUCCCGGCCCCACGGUGUGUGGCCUCUGGGUGCGUAGCCCCCAAAUCACCUCAAAGGCGGAAACCGGGCCGCCCUGCAGCUCCACUCUGCAGGCAUCUGGGCAGCCUGGAGCAGCUGGGGGGGGCAGGGGGAUCCAGAGGCAGCGGGGAAGGGGCCCGUGCAGUUUCCAAAUGGGAUCUGCUCCUGUCUGAGAGAGGC